CGAAUCACACACACACACACCUACAUAAGCGCUGACAGACACAGGCAUAAACACUGUGAGAAUGGCAGGCUCCUCCACCAGGCGGACAGGGAACCAACAGGCUGAUUUAAGUCCCGAAGAGAGAGGCCAAUGGGCAAACAAGAUCGAAUUUCUGCUGACUGUGGCCGGAGCUAUAAUCGGGCUUGGAAAUGUUUGGAGGUUCCCAUAUCUUUGCUAUAAAAAUGGAGGAGGGGCUUUUUUCAUUCCAUAUGUCCUGUACCUGCUCACUUGUGGUAUCCCGCUUUUUGUGCUUGAGACAUCUUUGGGUCAGUAUACAAGUCAGGGAGGCAUCACAUGUUGGAGAAAGGUCUGUCCUCUUUUUGAAGGAAUGGGUUAUGCCAGUCAAAUUAUUAUUGUCUAUGGCUCAAUUACCUACAUCAUCAUCAUAGUCUGGGCCUUCCUGUACCUCUUCUCAGCCUUCAGUGUGGAACUGCCCUGGGCCAGCUGCAGCAAUCUGUGGAACACAGAUGCUUGUACUGUGCUUAGUGGGAAGAAUUCUAGUUCAGGCUGGACAUCUCCUCUUAAUGCUUCUUCCUCUGUGAUGGAAUUCUGGCGUCACAGAGUUUUGCAACUGUCCAGUGGAAUACAUCAUUUGGGCACAGUAAGGUGGGACUUGGCUCUUAUUCUCUUACUUGUUUGGAUCCUGAUCUACUUCUGCAUCUGGAAAGGCGUGAAAUCUACUGGGAAGGCAGUCUAUUUCACAGCAACAUUCCCUUACGUUAUGCUCCUGAUACUGCUCUUACGAGGGGUCACUUUACCUGGUGCCGUCAACGGCAUCCACUACUACAUGUACCCAGAUCUGACACGGCUAGCUGACCCACAGGUAUGGAUGGAUGCUGGGACUCAAAUCUUUUACUCUUACGCCAUAUGUCUUGGAUACCUCAGCUCCCUUGGAAGCUAUAAUCAGUAUAACAAUAACUGUUAUAGGGACUCUUUCUACCUCUGCUUGCUGAACAGCGGAACCAGUUUUUUAGGUGGGUUUGUCAUUUUCUCUGUUCUGGGACACAUGGCACAGGAGCAAGGGGUGGACAUAUCCCUUGUGGCCGAGUCUGGUCCAGGACUGGUGUUUAUAGUGUAUCCUCAGGCAGUGACAAUGUUGCCAUGGUCUCAGUUCUGGGCUGUGUGUUUCUUUAUCAUGAUCAUCCUCUUGGGCUUGGACAGCCAGUUUGUUGGACUGGAGAGCAUAGUGACAUCAGUGACAGACAUCUUUCCCACGGUAUUGAGACAUGGUUUUAGAAGAGAGCUGCUGCUUUUAGGGAUUUGCCUUGUCUGCUACCUGAUGGGCCUCUUCAUGAUCACAGAGGGUGGUCUGUACAUCAUUCAGUUGUUUGAUCAUUACGUGUGUAGUGGAACCACUCUCCUGUUCCUGGCUACAUGUCAGUCUGUGGCCAUUGGCUGGGUAUAUGGUGCUGACCGAUUCUAUGAGAACAUAGAAGACAUGAUUGGCUACAAACCUUGGCCAAUGAUGAAGUACUGCUGGCUCUAUGUCACCCCCUCUGUCUGCGUAGGACUUUCUGGGAGUGUCUCCAGUUGGCUUGCACUCCAGCAGAGGAUCUACCUCAGUCUCAGAGACCCUCGGCACAUCAUUAUACUCUGUCAUCCUGUACAGACAGAGAAAAGACCCCAGACAACCUUUAAUGUUCAACUGCCAUUACAUCAAUUGUACCUAUAUAUUAAAUAGCAGUUCAGUCAAUUAGUCUUAAUGGGAAAAUUGAUUAAGUUUUUGAUAUUGGAAAAAAAAAAAAAAAAAUUUGUUACAGUAUGUGGCCUAGUGAGAGGUAAACUAAUAGAUUAAAAAGGCAAAAGUAAGACAACAGCUGAUACAACUGCAUAUAUCCUUCCUUCUGCAUAAAGUUAAUAGUGCCUUGUUUUAUAUAAAACAUUUAUUUAUGGACUGUAAUCUAUUAGUGCUGAUUGUGAGCCCACCUUUUUACAAAAUACUUUUAAAAAAGCAAUGAUUAUUUGUUUCAUAGCAAACACUGAAUCUUGCCUUUACAGAUGCAGAUACUUUUACUUUACAAACACAUACGGUACAUGUAUUGCCUUAAAGCAGAGCGGCCAUAAUGAAACAAAGCAGUCAUGCAUUUUGACAGCUGGGUAUUCUCAGGGGACAGCUUAUUAGAAUUUUUCUUUAUGAUUUUCUCAUGCAAGUUAACCUGCUCUGAGAUAAAUUGAGCCUUCAGGCAUUGUUUUUAUGUGAUCCAUGGUAAGAGCUUUAUUGAUAUUUCUUUCAGUGAUAUACAGUGUUUCACAUACCUUGAGGGCAUUAUGUAAAAUGUGCUUAAUCAGCACCAAGGUUUUUGGAAAAUACAAGUCAUGGACAGGGUGACAUAUGCAUUUUUAUAGUUGUAUGUUUUGAACUAUGUUGUCUUUAUAGUAGUUUUUAAACUCAUAUUCUAGUAUCUUUUUAGAUUUAUUAUACAUGUAAAACAAAAACAGUAUAAAUUAAAAAAAAAUUAAACAUGUAUCAGAAUAUGUAGUGGAGGAAUCUUUUUAACAUCCUUCAGAUUAGUCUGUAAAUCAUACGUAUCUUUAUUUAUAUAGAAGUGUGUUUCAUGCAUUUUAGAGAGACAAUGUACAGACUGAAGAGAGAAAUUCUUUUUAUUUCUGUCUGGUCAUUUUCCCAAUCUCCCAGAUGAUAAAAAGCAAUGCUUUCAAGUAAUUUAUACUACUCAUAGGCAACAAGCACCCAUUUUUAAGCCCCAACAAUAAUAGGAUUUUGUGGGUCAUAACCUCUAUGGCUUUGUUUACUUUUUUCCAUAGACACAGAUUAAGCUUAAUCCAGGAUAGCUGCAUUCUGAAAUGUGGGUUUUCCAUAAAAAUCCUUUGAAGUCUAGGAUCAUAAAACAUCUGUCCAGAAAACCAGGAUUAUGGUGAUAUUGGUUCCAACUGAUGUUCUGCCAAAAUAAGUCACUGCUAGGCCAUGUUGUGUGUGCUAUUUCUGUUUAACUCUUUUUAGAGCUUUUCACCUAACAUUUACUCAAUAUACAGUUUUAAAUAUUGAAUAUUUAAUAAUUAGCAUCACUACCAGGAGUUAGAAAAGACACGAUUUAUGAUUGCAUAUUCUGUUGGUGACCUUGUGCUGUGCCAUGAGUAAGCUUUAUUUCUAUAUUUGAUAUGAGAAAUUGUAUGAUCAAGUUUUCUCUUGUUCUGUUUCAAAGAAAGCUUUUCAAAUCUAUGAUCAACUAAUGCAGUGUGACUGUGCUGAAAUCAUGAUUGUCAUCUCCAAUUACAUCUCCAAAUAAUUCUUAACCUUUCUGAGUCAUUUGU